AUGAAGGUGUUGCUCGUUGCCCUCGUUAUCGUGGCUCUCGCUGCGAGCGCCACCUCCACGCUUACAAGCGGCGGCUGCGGCUGCCAGAUACCUCAUCUGCCACCACCGCCAGUUCAUCUGCCGCCACCGGUGCAUCUGCCACCGCCGGUUCAUGUGCCGCCACCGCCACCAUCAUGCCACUACCCUACUCUACCGCCCCAGCCUCAGCCACCACAUCCAUGCCCAUACCAACCGCCGUAUCCAAGCCCGUGCCAUCCAGGGCAUCCCAUUGGCACCCCACCGAUCCUGGGCCAGUGCAUCGAGUUCCUGAGGCAUCAGUGCAGCCCGGCGGCGACGGCCUACUGCUCGCCACAGUGCCAGGCGUUGCGGCAGCAGUGCUGCCAGCAGCUCAGGCAGGUGGAGCCGCUGCACCGUUACCAGGCGGUCUUCGGCGUGGUCCUGCAGUCCAUCCAGCAGCAGCAGCCGCAAGGCCAGUCGCCGCUCGGGGCACUGAUGGCGGCGCAAAUAGCGCAGCAACUGAUGGCGAUGUGCGGUCUGCAGCCAAUUACAAGUCCCUGCCCUUCUUGCAGGGCUCCUGCCGGCGUUGUCCAUCACUGA